CGCUCUUCUCGACCUCCGCGAGCUCCGAGGAUACUCUCUCCGAGUCCCCGCCGUCAUUUAGACGCUCAUGCGGUUUGUCAAUCGCCCGCUACCGGAGCAUCUGCUGCUAUGAGUGCUUUCUGUCGCCUGAUCCAUAGAGGGCUGUUGAGCCUCCGGCCGUCGUGUCGUUUUUUCCCCGGGCAGCAGGAUGCGUGCGCGGUGGCUCCUUUGGCUCACACGGUCCGGACGGCUAGCUCAUCCAGCCCAGUCAACUUGACCUAUGAUGUCUUCGACGGGAAAGGGGAGAGCACUCCCCUGGUGUUUCUUCAUGGCCUUUUUGGCAGCAAAUCUAACUUCCACUCAAUAGCUAAGUCCUUGGUGCAGCGCACAGGCCGGAAGGUGCUGACUGUAGAUGCCCGUAACCAUGGCAACAGCCCUCACAGCUCGGAACUGACCUAUGAAGCGAUGACCGAUGAUUUGAAACACCUCCUCGCCAAGCUGCACAUCGAGAAGUGCGUCCUCAUCGGCCACAGCAUGGGAGGCAAAACGGCCAUGACGACCGCCCUGUCGCAGUCUGGUUUAGUGGAGAGGCUGGUGGUGGUGGACAUCAGUCCAGCCCGGACCACAUCGCGAACAAACUUUCGCUACUACAUCCAGGCCAUGCAAGAGGUGAAGAUCUCCAGCGACAUCCCCCGUUCCACCGCCAGGCGGAUGGCUGAGGAUCAGCUGCGCACUUUAGUCAAGGAGCGCUCCGUGCGUCAGUUCCUGCUGACUAACCUGGUGGAGCAGAAUGGUCACUACGCCUGGCGGGUCAACCUGGAGGCCAUUGAGGCGCACCUAGAAGACAUCAUGAGCUUUCCCAGCUUUAACACUGUCUAUGACGGACCCACAUUAUUUUUGGGGGGAGCCAGUUCUGCAUAUAUCAGCUCCGACGAUUACCCAGAGAUCCAGAGGCUUUUCCCGAGCGCGGACAUCCAGUACAUCCCUGACGCGAGCCACUGGAUCCACGCGGAUAAACCCUUAGAUUUCAUCAGCUCCAUCAGCUCCUUCCUCCAGUCCUAGCUGACUUCUGCCUCCGCCUCAGGACUUUUUUUAAUGCUCAGCACUCCUGAGCAGAUCCUUACUGAAAAUGACGGUUUGUAUUCUGCAGCCUCAACAAGCGCAAGUGUCUUUAAUGAUGUCAUUGAUGAUGCUAUUAUUUGCCAACACUGGACCAAACUUGCUCAUGACAGCAGCAGAAGCCAAUCCUCCUCUUAACCAUUUUAAUGUAGUAAAAAUAAAUUUGUACCAGACGGGCUGAUUUUAGAUGUGUCUUCACGGAUGUAUUCCUCGCUAGGUAAACAAAAUAUAAUUUAAUGUGGUUUUAGAGAUGAUGUACUAAUCCAAAGAAACUCUCAUGAGUGCUUUCUUUAUGUUACUGCAUUAGAAAAGGUGGCACCAGGCCAAGUAUAAUCUGGUGAGGGGGACCAGCUAGAGGAUCGUUGGAUAUGAACGUUUUGGACAGCACUGGAAUGAAACAAAUACUGUAUGUAUGAGAAGAUGAGUUAAGAAUAUUCUAAGCAAAAGUUGUUUAUUUGCCCGAGGGAGUGUGCUGUUGCGUCAGGAUGUUUGAGCUGAAGACAAGAGAGUCUGUCGUGCAGAAAUUGUCUGCAUAGAUGGUUUGUUGUAGAGACUUAUUUUGAUGUUGAUAAUUGUAAUGUGUAUUUAAUAUUUUGGCCUGUAACUAUUAAGGUCCUCUCCUUUGUGUGCCUGCUGUACGCCAGAGAUGAGGAUUUACAGGUCAAUGACUGAAGGUCACUAAGAGUGCUGGUUAUGUUUCUUUGGCAACAUAAUGUAUAAUCUAUAAACAUGAUAUAUAAAAGCUAAUCUGAAACACUCAUGUAUGGUGUAGUCACAAUCUGUCUCCUGAUGAUCUCAGUGUUUCCUCUAGGUUUACAGCUUUGGGCGGGAGGGGGCUCUCGAAAAAUGAAGUUGUCGACCCCCCCGACGCCAGCCGCUGCGCAGGCAGAAACCGCUCACACAUGGGACACCCCCCCCCCCCCGUUGCCCGGUCUGUCCACGUAUGCCCUGGCGUGGGCGGGGUUCUACAACUCCAUUUUCUAGGCGUUUUCUCUGUGCGCAGAGAUCAGUGGAUAAUUGUAAGCGUAAAAAAAAAAACCGAGACUGCAUUGGGGGUCCGGGGCACCCCCCUAAUUGAACGGUGGGGGAGACACUGUCUCAGGUUGCAAGUGGAAAUGCUAAUUAUUCAAAUAUUCUACUAUUUUCCCGUCUGUGUGGCCGAAAGCCAGUGUAGUAAUGUCAAUGUAUUUGUCCACAGUGUUUUGAUUAAACCUGUUUCAUAAAGCGUA